UUUAGAUUUUAUUAAUAUAUGAAGUGUUAUUUGUGUACAGCAACAUUUAGCCCUGUUUGUGUUCUUCUACAUACCUUUGCGGAUUAUGGUACUGUGUGGAUCUGAGUCUUAUAGAAAUAGCUGAAAACAAAUUAAAAGUAGAGCCUUCUCUUCUGAAGCACUGUGGUUGUCUGUGGCAGAAGCUCUACUACCUUCAGGUCUGAAACUGAGAGGUGGGCCUGGACUUGACAGCAGAGUGGGGCACGUCGACAGAGAAGAGUGGAGAUUCUGGGUUUUCGGGUUCCUCUGGGGAGUUGGAAUUCCUCCCGUGCUGUUCCCCCAUUUGGCAGCCAGUUGUGAAAAAAAUUCCCAAGCUUUUAGUCACUACGCAGAUCGAGUUGCCGUUUCUACUUUGUUGGAGGGAGAAUGACAGAAGCCAGCCAGAUAGACAGAACUCCGACAGUGUUGCUGUUGUGCCUCAAUGAGGAGCGUAUGAACAUGCACCAUAGAAGGACUACUCUACCUUUCGGUUCAGUACAUUCCACAGAUGCUUGGGCCAGAGAAGAGAUGUAAAGAAACUAAAACAAAUUCAGCCGGUGCCGCUGUGCAACAGCAAUCCAGUGAGCGAAAAGAGAGCAUCUCCCCACCCUGCCCCUGAGUCCCCCAACCCCUCACCACCAUCAUGACCUCUGAACUAGGGAGCAGCCUGACCUCCAUGGACUGGCUUCCCCAGCUUACCAUGCGGGCGGCCAUCCAGAAGUCCAAUGCCGGGCACCAACACCACACUCACGGGUACCCCCACGGACAUCAUGGCCACGGGCUGGGAAAGAAGAAUGCCCCACUGGACCAGGGAAACAUGCUGGACCAGGAGGAGGUGGCCCAGCAUAGGGAUGGCAAACCACCCUACAGCUACGCCAGCCUUAUCACCUUCGCUAUUAACGGCUCGCCGCACAAGAGGAUGACCCUCAGCGAGAUCUACCAGUGGAUAUGUGACAACUUCCCCUACUACCGGGAGGCAGGCAGUGGCUGGAAGAACUCAAUACGGCAUAAUCUGUCCCUGAACAAGUGUUUUCUCAAAGUGCCUCGCUCUAAAGACGACCCUGGGAAAGGGUCCUACUGGGCUAUAGACACCAACCCUAAAGAGGACACACUGCCCACCAGACCAAAGAAGAGGCCGCGCUCUGGAGAAAUGGCCUCCACCCCCUACAGCCUGGAAUCGGAGUCCCUGCGAAUGGACUGUAUCAUGUACGGAGAUGCCUCUCCCACUCUGGCAAUCAACACUGUGACUAACAAGGUAGUGUUGUACAAGACUGAGCAGGAGGACAGCGACAGCCCCAGGAGCAGCCUCAAUAACAGCCUCUCUGACCAGAGCCUGGCCUCAGUCAACCUCAACAGCAUCGUGCACAGCUACACGCCGGUCAGUAGUCACUCAGAACCCUCCUCCCAGUCUCUGAGUUUAAAGCUGCAUCCUCCCCCUCCACUUCCUCCUCCUCCCCAGCCCCAGUACAACGUGGCCGAGGGGGACAAGCAGCUCCUCUUCUCCGACUUCGAGGACCUCAGUGCCUCCUUCCGCAGCCUCUACAAGUCUGUCUUUGAGCAGUCCUUCAGCCAGCAUGGUCUCAUGGGUAUGCCCAGCGAAUCGAGCCAGCAGCCACGGACGUUGUGCUCCUACCAGCACUCCCCUGGCCGGGGCAGCAGCAGGGGCAUCAACGCCCACAACCACCAACACGCACACAACCACGGUCACCGCCAUAAUCACCACCCGCCCCACUCGCAGCACCUCUCUCCCCACGCCACACACAACCAACACCAACCUCAUCAACACACUCAGCACAGGCAGCACUCACAGCACCCUCAACACCGCCAGCACCCCAACAGUGGGCAGCAGCAGUCACAGCACCUCCAGAGCCAUACUGGCCAGCCAGCACAGAUGCCCUGCACCAACACUGGUCUGUCAGCCGACUGGUACCCCAACUUGGACUGGCUGAAGGAGAGCUGUCGCAUCGCCGGCAGCUACAACUGGGCUGACGUGGACCUCUCUCCAUUCCAAGGACUAAAGGAAAGUAUGAGGCAGGCGGAGCUGAACAACUGGUCCCUGGACCCGGCCCAGAUAGCCGACCUGUGCUCCUCCAUCAACCAGUUCUUCACCCGCACUGGGGUCAUCCCACCACAAGGCCGAUUGCAACCUCAGCCACCCCCGUCUGCCUGUCACGGCCCCAUGCACACCAGCAAGCCCAGUCAGCACAUCAACACAGGUAAUCCGUAUAUGGACUCCAGACAGAACAUGUCUUCAAUGAUGGGACCCCCAGGUUACCCCCACAUGACCCCCAUGAGCACCGCAGGCUCCACGAUGACAGGGCACCAUGGCCAGAUGAACCAGCAGCACAUGAUGCCGCCUGGGCACUACCAGAUGAGCAGGCUGCCUACUGAAGACAUCCAGGACGACUUUGACUGGGACUCCAUCGUUUAGAACUGCCCCAAGGAGAGGAAGAGAGAGGGAUAGGGAAAGAGGAUCAGAAGAGUGGAAGAGGAUUGGGACCGGCCACAUGCCCUUUGGAGAAAGAGAGACAUUACAGAAGAGGAGUGUCAAUCACCUGAUUUUGGUCUUUUUAUACAAGAGUGUCGAGUGACUUUGAAGACAAUCAAAUGUAGAGGGAGACUAGUCAACGUUUACCACUGGACAAGUUAUGGUAAUUUUGUCGAAAAAAAAAUUACAUUUGGAACGGUCUCGUCUCAAUGUUCCAAGUGCCAACAGGUUUAGAAGUCGCCAUAAAUUGUGACAAGCAAUGGUGAAGUAUUUUGUUUAAUACAUGCUUCGAUUCUCGUUUCUUUCCACUGAAGACUCAAAGUGGAAAGUAGCGUUUUGUGUUUUCCGACAGCUUUUUUUCAAGACACGUCCACCUGCCACUGAACUGAAAGGACUGGGCGUGGAUGAAAAAAGAUAGUGCCAUUAUACGUCGGAACAAACAACCGGCAUCAUGCCAAUUAGUCCACACAGUAUUGUGACUUUUCCUCCCCGUAGCACCACUCCCCUAUCUGGCAGAAGUGAUAAGAAAUCCACAGAAUUAUAUUUGCGCCACUUCCAAGAAAUACAGGUAGUUAGGAAUGUGACAAUAGGGGUAGACUAGAUAAGAAUGCUCAUGCUAAUAAGGGAAUGACAUUAGGGUGCGGUGGCUUUCGAAGACAACAAGUGUCCUAUCUCUUUGACUGACUCAGAUGCCAUCUUGUUGGUGUAGGCUUAUAUUGCAGAGAGAAGUGACCGUAUGUUGACAGAGGAGAAAUCACAUUAUACCACACCUGGGUUCAAAUGCUAUUUGAAAUCUUUCCCGCCUUGAGUGCGAGAUUAAUGGGGUUUGCACUUUUGAGAUGUUUCUAUUGGUUAAAAAAGUCUUAAUCAAGCACAGCUGAAUUUUUUUGCAAUUCAAAAUUUAAAAAAAAUAUUUUGUACUUUUUACCCUUUUUUCUCCCCAAUUUCGUGAUAUCCAAUUGGUAGUUAGUCUUGUCCCAUCGCUGCAACUCCCGUACGGACUCGGGAG